AUGGUUCAUACUACAGAAAUAACCGUGGAUGCUCCAAUGCAAGAAGCACACUCAUCAUCUAUCCCCUCAAAACGCAAACAAAAUAGUCACGAGCACAAAGCCAUUACUAUCACAACACCACUUUUUUCCUACAUUCAUCUGGAACUUCGGACCUCAUCUUUCAAGAAGCCACAACUGGAUGAUAUUACGGCAAAAUCAUAUAUCACCUCAGCACUGUUGCAAUUUCUGGGACUCCAUGGCUCUGCUAUCUCUAUCGAUAUUUUGAAGACGGAGGACAAGGAGGUUUGGAUCAGAGUCAUGAGAGAGGAUGCUAGUGCGGUCGUUGCAGCGUUGGGGGGUUGGAUUAAGAAGUUGGGCAAUGGGGAUGAGCAGGUGGGGUGGAGAGUGAAGGGGAGGGCAAAUUGGCUGGGUGGCUUGGUGGGAGAGCGAGAUAUCGAGGAGGUUUGGAAUGACUGA